CCGCGAUCCUAAAAAUCGAAUGAAAUGUGAAUUCUUGUCGCUGGAAUUCACUAAUACGUUCACUUCACUCCUGUCACCAAGCCCCAGUUUCACGUAUUGACCGCCGAACGCCGUUUUAGUCCGUUGUGUCUUCUCAGGAAUGGAGAUUCGAGGUGGCGAUGUCACUCGUCCGACGGCUGUGGAAUCCUCCAGUUGUUGCCAGGUGCCAGCGGUUUUUACCAUCACAAUUUAACAGUUUCCUUUGGCGAUCGGCGAAUCAGCCCAGCAAUGGAUCGCCGGACCAGGAACAUAAAUUUUCAACGAGAAAGGCCGACCAAUUUUUUUCAUCAAUUAAAAAUAUGGAUCGGCACUUGCUGUGCAAAGUUUGUGGUGACAAAGCGUCCGGCAAGCAUUAUGGUGUGGCAAGUUGCGAUGGGUGCAGGGGAUUCUUUAAACGGUCUAUUCGCAGAAACUUGGAGUACAUUUGCAAGGAAAGUGGAAAGUGCACCGUGGACGUGGCCAGGCGAAACCAAUGCCAGGCGUGCAGAUUCAAGAAAUGCCUGCAGGUCAACAUGAGGAAGGACGCUGUCCAACACGAGAGAGCUCCGAGGGUGCCUGUGGGCAACGCUGGGGGCUCCGUCGGCACCUCGUCGAGAAUAAGAGCGCCGCACAUUCCGCACACAAUGACCUCCCUGCUCUUGCCAGCAGGUCAAGAUCUCUUGCAGCAUUACUGGCCCCUCGGACCAACAUUGAGGUGUCCCUGGCCGAUCACUCUGACGAGUCCGAUCAGCGUUUCUGCUGAGCCAACGCCUGAACAAGAGGUGUCCAGCUCUAGCGUGCAAAGUGACGAGAAACGUGUGUCCCCGGCAGGCUACCCUUCACCGGUGGCACCAAUUAUGCCCGCACUAGAGACUGCCAACGAAAGUGCGGCCAGGAUUCUUUUCAUAGCUGUAAAAUGGGCCAGAGCUAUGCCGUCUUUCAUGAGGCUCCUGCCGGCGGAUCAAGAACUUCUUUUGGAAUUUUCUUGGGCUCAACUUUUCGUUUUCACAGCUGCAGAGUGGUCAUUUCCCAUAAGCGAAGACAUCCUAGUCCGUCACUCCCUGGCCCCCUCAUGUCGCCACCAAGCCCUAUUACAACAGGCCAGAGCUCUGAGGACCUUUCUCGGACGCUGCGUCAGCCACAGGAUGGACAGAACGGAAUUCGCCUGUCUCAAAGCCCUCGCCCUUUUCACCCCAGAACUGUCUGGUCUGCGAGACGGCAUUCGCGUUGAGGCGCUUCAGGAACAAAGCCAAUUGCUGCUGGGCGACUACUGUGUCAGCAGUGGCGGCUGUGAGGGGGCGGCUCGGAGGCGGCUGGGGCGUCUGCUGCUACUGUUGAGUGGCGCUCGUCAACUCGAGGCGGCCGCACUGCAGGAGCUUUUCUUCAGCCAAACUGUGGGACAGGUGCCGAUCGAGCGGCUCCUCGGAGACAUUUUCAAAGCGUCUCCCUGCUAAGAUUAAUAAAAUUUUACAAUCUAGUGCGUUAAUUGAUUUAGCUUGUAACAAAUGUUCUCGGAAGUAA